GUUUCUAGCGGUGAGGACAAGGUUCCUGGCGGAGAGGACAAGGUUCCUGGCGGUGAGGACAAGGUUCCUGGCGGCGAGGACAAGGUUCCUGGCGGUGAGGACAAGGUUCCUGGCGGUGAGGACAAGGUUCCUGGCGGUGAGGGCAAGGUUCCUGGCGGUGAGGACAAGGUUCCUGGCGGUGAGGACAAGGUUCCUGGCGGUGAGGACAAGGUUCCUGGCGGUGAGGACAAGGUUCCUGGCGGUGAGAGGAAGGUUCCUGGCGGUGAGAGCAAGGUUCCUGGCGGUGAGGACAAGGUUCCUGGCGCUGAGGACAAGGUUCCUGCCGCUGAGGACACGCACUCAAACUUGUAA